AUGGUUAAUUCUGUGAAUACACAAGAUGGCAGUAUGGACAAUAACAUCAGUUCCCAAGAUGAUUCACUGGAUUACACAAUGGAACAUCAGGACACGAUGGAUUAUACUAUGAGCCAUGAUGCGACAAAUCAAACUUUGUCUCAAUUACCAGACGCAGAGGAUGUUUCGGAAGAAGGUGAGGAAGAAGAGAUUCCGGUUGUUCAGCUUGCUCGCUCGCUCGGUAUAUCUCGAGAUCAUCAGCUCGACGAUACCUCGGUGGAGAUUUUACUUUUGAUGCAGGAAGAUGUUCAUUAUAGUUCCUCCAGCGAUCUGAAUGAAGAUCAUCUGUCUUCACUAACUACACCAGAAAUCAACACCAAUGAACGAUUAUCGGUAGGUAUCGGUGCCGCACGACUUCUCACAUCUAUAGCACAAAGUGAGAGUCAAGUAUCAAUCGAUACAUGGACACAGCAAUUACUCGGGCCCAGAGAUGUCAGAAAUCUGGGCAUCGAAAUGCCCAUACUGCGAACCGACCAUGAUUUAGAUGUUAGAGGAUUUGCAAGAAGAGAUAAGUUCGAAGUGAGGCCUCAAGAUAUCAAGUUACCGCUAGAGUUACUUAAUAUUCAGAACAAUGAAGGGUUGGGAUUUCCAUCGGACUUUUAUAAUUUCGAAAAUGAGGCAUUCGAAACGAUAGCCAAUGAGAAGAUUGAAGUGACAAGAAGCUCGAUGGUCUAUCUUCAAACGGCCUUGAAAACAACAUUAACGAUAGAGAAUAGACAAGAGAUUUGGGGGAAACGAGAGAACACACCCAAGACUGCAGUACCUGGUAGCCCUCUUCCUUUUGUUUCUUCGGGCUGCGAAAUACCAGUACUUUCAGAUCCUGAUUCUCCUACCUCGCUGGACCUCAGAAAGAUUGAGGAUGAAGUAUUCAAAGAAGACCUGCCAACACCUUUACGCAAUCGAUUUAUGACCAGAGCAACAAUCUCAGCGUCGGAUGAGCAAUGCGUCAAGCCUGCAGAUCUAUACUCGCCACCAGAGUGUAUCAAAAAAUUCGAACUAUCUUCCCCUCCUAUAGAAAAGAAAAGAGCUAUCGAGAAUCUAAAAGUAGACGAGAUUUUGACGCCACCAAAGCUGUCUGAAGAAUCAGGACUAAGAAGCGUACACUUCAAUAACAUCGUAGAUGAAUUUCUACUCAACAGUCGACCUCAGUCUGUGUUUUCCGAGCCUGUAAUCGAGACCAAAUUCUUUGAAGAAGCAUUCGGCGACAAUGGAGAACAAGCACAACAUCGAGUUGAACAAGAGAGACUCGCAGAUACAAGAAAUCGUGUCGAAGUACCCGUGAUGGACUUCAGUAUACCUGCACCUCCCUGGAUGAUUACUAACUUCCGUAGUGUCAAUGCUGUUAAUUUGGCUUUAACAAAAGUCGCCAAGGACAUCAGUCUCUGCCCCUCAAUGCGAUGGUCUGGAUUAAAGAAGUUGCACUUGAAGGUACCGUGGGUACCAUUUGAACAUAACCUGGGGAACGUCGUCGAAGAUUCUAUGGGCAACGAGAAGACUUGGGAGGCGUCCGUCUGCAGUUUAGAAAAUGAUGAUGUGAUCACAAGUUCAAAUCUCACCUGGAAGAGAGAAGGCUUUCGAAUUCUUCAGGAAGGCACUGAUGAUGAUGAUGGUGACGACGAACUUGAGUUAGGAUAUUUUUCCAUAGAACAUGUGGAAACACCACCAUUACUUGGAAAUAGGGAACCCGAGACGCAAGAUGUUAAUCGACGACAAAAGAAGGCAUGUCAACCCAACCUCAAUGCUUACAGAGAUUCAAUGGUGCAUUUUCAGCCAUUAAUCACUCCAGAAAUGAGUCGAGAAAUAGCAGACGCGAACAUGGUACCACUAACCAAGAGAGCACGAUCAGGGGUCGACGAACAAACUUCCCUACUCUCCGCAAAGGAUGAACUGAGUAAUUUCAUGGAGAUACGAGGAGCGAAGAAACCAAGGUUGAUUGAAAGUUCUCAUUUCUCAGUUUCUGAUUUACCAGCACCCUUACCAUCGGAUAAAAUAACCCUAGACAACGAAUCUCAAUUUCAGCAGCCUGAGGCCUCUCGUUCGCCCCUCCCAACGCCCAUAAUAAAUGCUCCGGCAGCCCCCAUCUCUAUAAUUCUAUCUUCCACGAUCGUCAAAGACCGUCCUCUUCUCCGCUCCCUCGAAGCCCUGAUUCCAACUCUCAAGAUCUGCGAGCGCGAUUUCUCCGCUCACAACACUACGACUUGGAAUCCGGGUUCCGUGAUUCUCUCUUCUAUAACUUCAACUCUUACUCACGAAGCUGACAUUGUCAUUUCUCCAAGCACCGGACUUAUUCUUACCACUCUACAGCAUAUCAAGCAAAAGCCACUACCUGGACAUAAGACUGCCGUUCCAAUUCGUGAUCGAUUGGAGAAAGUUAGUGCACGGUAUGAGAAUUUAAUCAUUCUUGUCGCUUCCCCUGCAACGGGCAUGAGUGAUAGUGAUAGCAUUGCCUGGGCUGAUUUUGUCGGUUUUACAUUGAAAUUACCCGCAAGCGUUAUUGUCAAUUACAUCCCCGUAGACAAAGCCAACAGCGGAAAUCAAAGCAUGGCGAAAUAUAUUUCCUAUCUUAUUAUCCAACACUCUGGAGAUAUCCUCUUGAAUCCGGUUCUAGAACUGCUGGAACAGGAGUCAUAUUGGGAGAUAUGGCUGAGAAGAGCUGGAAUGAAUGCUUAUGCGGCUCAAGCAACGAUUGCAGAGUUGAAAGAGCCGGAACCGAGAUGCAGGUUGGGUGAUGAGGGGUAUGAGAGGGAGUUGCGGAUGAUUCAUGCGGAGGGUCCGUAUGGAUUGACACUGUUCGUGGUGAUGGGGCUGGAAGGGAGGCUUAGGAGAUUGGGUGGGCUAGUGGGAAGGAGCGUGUUGGAAAGGGUCAGUAUGGUUGUUGAUCAGAUAUGGGAGUAG